AUGUCCGAGAGCGGCGGAGCGUUGCUGCUGGUGUUGGUGGCUGCGCUGCUCGGUGCCCCGGGAGGCGCUCAGCUGGCGGGGGAAGCCGCUUGCCGCCCGGUCCGUGCCGCUUUCCACGUGUUGCAGCCCGGAGCCAAGUGGGUGCCAGAAAGCCCCGUGCCAGGGUCUGAUCUGCAAGUAUGCAUCCCCAAGGGCUCCACGUGCUGCUCCAGGAAGAUGGAGGAGAAGUACCAGGCGACAGCCCGCCUGAACUUGGAGCAGCUCCUGCAGGCUGCCAGCAUGGAGCUCAAGUUCCUCAUCAUCCAGAACGCUGCUGUCUUCCAAGAAGCCUUUGAAAUUGUCGUUCGGCACGCAAGGAACUUCACCAACAGCAUGUUUAGGACCCACUACCAGAGCAUGGGGCCCAGAGCUCUGAAGCUGGUUGGAGAACUUUUCACUGACGUCUCACUGUACAUCCUGGGCUCUGACAUCAGUGUCAACACCAUGAUCAAUGAAUUUUUUGAUGGCUUGUUCCCUUUAGUUUAUACUCAGCUGAUCAAUCCCAGCUUCCCCCAUCCCUCCGCGGACACGACCGAAUGCCUGCGGGUGGCCGGCAGAGACCUCAAAGCCUUCGGUAACUACCCCAAGGUGAUGAUGACCCAAGUGGCCAAGUCCCUGCAGGCCACUCGAGCCUUCCUGCAGGCCCUCAACCUGGGCAUCGAGGUGAUCAACACUACUGACCACUUGAAAUUCAGUAAGGACUGCGGGCGAGCCCUGCUGAAGAUGUGGUUCUGCUCCCACUGCCAGGGGCUGCUCCUGGCCAAGCCCUGCACCGCCUACUGCAGCCUGGUGGUGCAGGGCUGCUUGGCAGGCGUGGGGGAGAUCGAUAAACACUGGAGGGAGUACAUUGGCUCUCUGGAAGGGCUGACCAAAGGCAUGCGUGGCAUCUACGACAUGGAGCACGUCCUGCUGAACCUCUUCUCCGUGGUGCGGGAGGCCAUUGUCUACACGCAGAAGAGCGAAGGGAAGUUCUCCGCAACUCUCAGCAGGUUGUGUGGCCAGGCUCAGCAGAGGCAGCACCGCUCCGCUCAGUACCCUGAAGACUUCUUUGUUGACAGGAAAGUCCUAAAAGUGGCUCCCAUCCAGCAAGAAGAAACUUUGUCCAGCAGGAGAAGAGAACUUAUUAGGAAGCUGAAGUCCCACAGCAGUUUUUACAGCAGCUUGCCAGAGCACAUCUGCAGCCACAGCUCUGCUGUUCAGAAUGACUCUCUCUGCUGGAACGGACAAGAAGUCGUGGAGAGGUACAGUCUCCAAAUGACAAAGAAUGGAGGAAAAGCUCAGCCUGGCAACCCUGAGAUGAAGAUGAAAGGUCCCGAGCCAGUGAUCAGCCAGAUUAUUGACAAGCUGAAACACAUCAACCAGUUGCUCAAAGGGAUGGCUUUGCCCCACCGAAAAGCUCCAGGCAAAAGCCCAGAGGAGGAGGAGGAGGAGAGCGGAGACUGUGACGAUGAAGAUGACUGCAGCAGAGGCUCUGGGGAUGGAGAGCUGCGAGUGAGGAACCAGCUCCGGUUCUUAGCAGAGCUGGCAUACGACCUGGAUAUGGAUGACACCUCUGCAAACAAGCAGCUUCUGAACCAGCAAAGCAAAGACAGUGCCACAGUGCCCAGGAGCAGGGCCCCCCAUCCCAGGCCUGCUGCUGCCAUCGCCCUGUUCCUUCUGCUGCCGCUGCGCCACUGGCUGUGA